GAGGCUGCUGAAGCUGUCUGUGGCUGUGCAGAACUCCCCCAGCUCUCCGGACCUGAAGUCCUGCCACUGCUGUCGCCGCCUGUGUCCUAGGCCUCACCUAGAUAAGCCUGAGUAGGAACAAGCCAUCUCCAUCCUCCCGCAGCCAUGACCUCCCUCCGGCGGCGUCUCUCUGAUAGCAGCUUUGUGGCCAACCUGCCUAACGGCUACAUGACGGACCUGCAGCGCCCAGAUAGCUCCACCAGCUCCCCUGCCUCCCCAGCCAUGGAGCGGAGGCACCCCCAGCCGCUGGCAGCCUCCUUCUCAUCUCCAGGAUCCAGCCUCUUUAGCUCCUUCUCCAGCGCCAUGAAACAGACCCAGCAGGCCCCCUCAGGGCUAAUGGAGCCUCCGGGUCCCUCCACACCUGUCGUUCAAAGACCCAGGAUCCUGCUGGUGAUUGAUGAUGCCCACACGGACUGGUCAAAGUAUUUCCAUGGAAAGAAGGUGAACGGAGAUAUUGAGAUCCGAGUGGAACAGGCUGAAUUCUCGGAGUUGAACCUGGCCGCCUAUGUUACAGGGGGCUGUAUGGUGGACAUGCAGGUUGUUAGAAAUGGGACCAAAGUUGUGAGCAGAUCCUUCAAGCCAGAUUUUAUCCUGGUCCGUCAACAUGCCUACAGCAUGGCCCUGGGUGAAGACUACCGAAGCCUGGUCAUUGGCCUCCAGUAUGGAGGACUGCCUGCUGUCAACUCCCUCUACUCCGUCUACAACUUCUGCAGCAAGCCCUGGGUGUUCUCGCAGCUCAUUAAGAUCUUCCACUCCUUGGGUCCUGAGAACUUCCCACUUGUGGAGCAAACAUUUUUCCCGAACUAUAAACCAAUGCUCACUGCCCCCCACUUCCCUGUGGUGAUCAAGCUCGGACAUGCCCAUGCCGGAAUGGGAAAGAUCAAGGUCGAAAACCAGCACGACUACCAGGACAUCACCAGCGUGGUGGCCAUGGCCAAAACCUACGCCACCACCGAGGCCUUCAUCGACUCCAAGUAUGACAUCCGCAUCCAGAAAAUCGGGUCCAACUACAAGGCUUACAUGAGAACCUCCAUCUCUGGAAACUGGAAGGCCAAUACAGGCUCUGCUAUGUUGGAGCAGGUGGCCAUGACUGAGAGGUACAGGCUGUGGGUGGACAGUUGUGCGGAGAUGUUCGGCGGCCUGGACAUCUGCGCCGUCAAAGCCGUCCACAGCAAGGACGGCCGGGAUUACAUCAUCGAGGUCAUGGACAGCUCGAUGCCCCUGAUCGGCGAGCACGUGGAAGAGGACAAACAGCUGAUUGCCGACCUCGUCAUAUCCAAAAUGAGCCAACUCCCGGUGUCUGGGGGCACAGCGCCCUCACCCCUGAGACCUUGGGCUCCGCAGACUAAAUCAGCGAAAUCUCCAGGGCAAGCCCAGCUGGGACCGCAGCUAGGACAGUCCCAGGCACGCCCACCUCCACAAGGGGGACCUCGUCAAGCUCAGUCUCCUCAGCCCCCGAGAUCCAGAAGCCCCUCCCAGCAGAGGCUCUCCCCACAAGGCCAGCAGCCCCUGAGCCCCCAGUCUGGAUCUCCACAGCAGCCGAGGUCACCAGGCUCUCCACAGCUAUCCCGGGCAUCCAGUGGCACCUCCCCAAACCAGGCCUCCAAACCGGGCACCACCCUCACCUCACAGCCCCGACCCCCGGUGCAGGGACGCAGCACCUCCCAACAGGGCGAAGAGUCCAAGAAACCAGUACCGCCCCAUCCCCAUCUCAACAAAUCUCAGUCCCUGACUAACAGCCUCAGCACAUCCGAUACCGCCCAGCGUGGGGCCCCAAGUGAAGAUGAGGCCAAGGCAGAAACCAUCCGCAACCUGAGGAAGUCAUUCGCCAGCCUGUUCUCGGACUGAGCCACACAGGCCUGGGGGCUGAGCACCUCUGCCGCACUGGCCCCUCUCCUGCCCCGUCCUCCAGCCCAGCCUUGGUUCCUGUCCGGAGCAGAAUGGAAGGCCUGACAACAUACUUUCUAAAUGCCUUUGACCCAGGAAUCAACUAUCUAUGUGUGUUCCCAUUUUCCCUCUCCAUGACAUUCCAAUGUUGUCUGACUGAAGGGUGGGCCUUUGAGGGCCUCCAGGUUCCUCAAAAGUGGCCUUACAGACAGGCAUUGCUUCCCUGGGCCCACCCACAUGCUUGCUUCCUUGCCUCCGAUAACCAAGUGGGAUGUCUGUGCGUGGCUAGUCUUCACAGCUCUUGUUAGUGUUUUGCUUGCCUUUGGGCGAAGGCCCCCCUCUAGGUCUCAUCCUGGACCUUGGCAAUAAUCUUUAAAAGUGUUCUGCAAACAGAAACCGCAAAGCCCAGGCUGGGGAACCGACCAACUACCCAAGCUAGUUCCAUCCACACUUGAGGCCUCUGCUCAGACCAGGCAAGCAAAGGCCCUGUCACACCUGCCUGCUAGUGGGAUCUUGCAAAUGACAGGAAGAGAAAGAAAUUAUGCCGUGUGACAAGUGGGGCCUUUCAAACACAACAGACACAGAGGGAAGCCCUCACAAUGCCGUCCAUGCCCAGAGCAUUACCCUUCAUUUCUGGACAGCCGAGGGCAGAGCGCAGGUUCUUGGAGGAAUCAUUACUAGUUUCCAGAAGAAAAAGAGGCCCGGACUUUCCUGAGAAAAGGAUCAGGGGAGAGCUCCUGCUCCCAUUCAGUGCAACACCACCAUCUGGUCUCUCUGACAUCCCACCAGAAAUACUGUUUCCUCCUCAAGGGGGUAUCAGGAGCCAGAGAGAACCAACAGCUCCAUGCACCAGGUCGGAUGACGCCAUGACAGCAACUUCUAGCUCGGCAUGUCGCGAACUGUAAAGCAAGGCGUUGGUGGGAUACUCCAUUUCAAAAGGGUCCCGUGAGCAAAUUUGUUUAGGAAAUACUGUGUCUAGUUCUUUUUUGGAAAUGAAAAGUACACAACACAUGGCAAAGGCUUUUGAAAUUCCUGCAGGAGACAAAUCAGCUUCAACUGUGUUUAACCCAAACGUACGUGACUGGACAAGUUAACUGCAGAGCGGGAAAAAAAGAGUCUUGGCAUCCUUCCCAGUGCUCAUUCCUCUACAGCAGACUGCCUCCAGACACAGAUGGAGCUCAGAGGUGUCCCAAGUCACUAAGCUCCUGGCGCUAGCUAGAAACACGGGUGCUAGAAGCAGUCAUGAUCCCCAGAAGAGCCCAGAGUAUUAAAACAGAGCCCCACUACCCCCUCGCAGCCCACUUUGCAACGUGAGAUGUGGUAUCCCCUCACUGUCCCAGGGAAAGGAGAGAAAGAGGUGAAAUGGAAGUGUCUGGGCCUGAGCAGCUUCUGUUGGGUUGUCAGAAAAGUCACGAGGCAUUCGUGCAUAGAGAAACACGUCAUGACUAUUCUAACUCAAUAGUUAGCCUAGGCAAUGCAGAUUGUUUGAUUAACAGCAAAAACCUAUUUAGCUUCCCAGGAGGCUAAAACCAACCACUCCUCUUUAGUCCUCCAAAGCCAGACUAGUGUGAGAAUAAGGCCAGAGGCCCUCCCCCGUGAGCACUGGGUCACUGAGAACCCUGCACUUCAGAAGAGUCCAUCUUCAGGCCGGCUUUCCACCAGCAGUUGGCUAGAGACUGACUCCGUGUCAGAAGUGCUAGCUGUUGUGUCCAAUGUGAGACCCACUUGGGCUUUGGGGUUGUCUUCUUCCACCUUGCCCUCUGCUCUCCCUCAUGACCAAGUUAGUUUUAAUAGCCAGAGAGCCCAGGCUACUUCAGAAGUCCUCUUCCUCCUUUUGGUCAGGAUCCCUGGUCUCAGAUUCAGUCAUAGAAGCAGCCCUAGCAUAAGGAAGACCUGCUAGGUGUAGCUGCCGGUGACCACUGGGAGCCAUACCUUGGCAGCCAGAGACUGGUGGGCUUAGGCCUGAUCGGCAGUGACUAGGAUCACCAGUCACUAAAAUGACCACUGUGUGAGGCGAGAGGUGAACUGGAGAAGGCUCGGCACUCUCAUUCUCCCUCUGUGCUGCGGUGAGCUCAGUGUCUAUGCGACAGUCCCCGUGGGCAUAUCUGGAGCUCACUCUGCCUGGUAACAACCUGCCUCCUUUUUGCUCAACCUCUGCAAUGCACAGAGCCAGGCUGGCUGGGGCGCUGCCAAAAUGCUUCCCAGAAGCAGCCAAGAUGGCCCAGCAAGAGGGCAGUCACACACGGGAGCUGCUGCUGGGCUGUAAGGGUCACACUCACACUGUGCUAGGCCCCCUAGGUGGGUGAAGGAGGGCCUAGUCAACACCCCUCAGCCGUGCUUUGGCGAGGUCAGCGGAGAGCUGGGAACACAUCAGACCGUUGGUAAUUCCUAACAAAACUGCUUUUCCUCCUCCCCUCCUUCUGCUACCUAAUUCUCUCACCACUUCCUAGCAACUUCCGAGGAAGCCCGGUGGGGCACAAGGAAAGGAGACAAACUGUCAAGUCUGGGUACCUUUGAAAGCUAUCCUGUUAGAAGGAUUUUAACACAGAGGGCAAAUACCGACCAGUAAUAAGGUUUGCAGAUUAGCCACCCCAGUCAGUCCCACUGCUUAAUCAUGCACACACACGCCUGGGUUAUCCCUGAGAACUGACACGCAGACAUCCGAAAAUCCUGCCACCUAACCUUCAGUUCACAGUUUUCCCUCUAAGGUGUCCUUGAGGACCUUCCUCAAGAGCAGAUCGGCUGCCCCACUUGGCCCUGAGAACUCAGGGAUCGCUAAGUUCUAAGUCACAUGUUUUGGGAACCAAAGCCCCAGCCUCUCGGGCUUGAAGGUCCCUGGACCUUGCCUGUCUCUCCUGACAAUAGCAGGUGAGGUUGCCCCAGUAGAAAGAUACCCCCAGAAGUCCAUUACAAGAUACAGAGUUACAGGAUUCUUUGAUUUCUUCCUCUUGAAAAAAAAAAAAAAUUCCCCUAUUAUCACACGGAGUCCUUUCAGAGAAACACUGUGCUUCGUUCUAAACAGAAGGGUGAGAGCGGACUUUGGGGCAGGUGUAACACCACGAAGCCCACGUACGUCAGGAGACUGAGAACGCAGGAAACACUGGGAUAAUCAUCACUCUUGUACCAUGGUCUCACCCAGUCCUCACUCGGGGACAAAAAUACACACAAGGAAGUGGUAACCGGCAGAAGUUUCUCGAAGUGUAGGCCAUGGGUGUGUGCAGAGCUAUUAGGUCAUCGGGAAAGUCAAGGUGUAUUUUUCUGUUUUUCUAUGCAAAAAAAUAUGCAUCAUGACUUUUCCAACAACCCACUAGUUACAAAGGCAGCUGAGCCUUCACUUCAGACCAAACGAGUCAGAAUUUCCAGUCAUCGGGCCGGAAGCUACCUCUGGGUCCAUUUUCCCAAGGGUUUUGAAUGCCUUUACGUGAGUCCCCAGCAGCCCUGAGCUCAGCUGUGUGGGAGAGCUGCCAGGCACACGACACUGUUGGUGUGGCUGCAUUACCGUCACCAGCACAGCUAGGGACCUGAUCCUUUGUGAGCAACACUGAUGGCUCCAUAAAUAAUGACUGUAUGGUCCACAUGUUCCCACUUUCCUAUAUUCGGACUUUCCGCAGCAACACCUCAGCACUCCCACGAUCUCUCCCCGAUACUCCAGCUAGCACACCCCUCUCCUGGGUUUUACAGCUGUGCACAGACUCGGAGCUACGACUUAACACGAUGGGAACCCUGACACUCGUUCCUGUGGGCCUGCGUAUGAAUAUAGAGACCGAGAGGGCACAGAUCCCCUGGAGACCACAGGUCCCACACAUGGACCGUUUUCUCACAUAGGCUAGCAAUGUUCCUUCCAAAAAUUUAACCUUUAAUAACUGUGACCUUUUCGAAUGAGAAAGAGCAAAGGGAGGGGGAUGGGAGUCAUUCUGCAUAGACCCUGAAAGGUUGCGUUCAUUGUUUCUUGCUGUGUUUCACAAUUUGAGCCAAAGAAAGGCGAGCAUUUUCCCUCCAAACUGACUCGAAGCUGAAACACAACAAAGACCCACUUCAUCUGUGCGGGAUGAAUAGGGAUGUGGAAAUGCAGCCGCACUGGACACCUCUGCUGGCCAGAGAAGUCCCUCCAGAUCGCCCUCCUGUCGGCAUGAGACAACUCACUGAACUUUGGCUAAAUGUCAAAUCGGCUCCCAGGGACACCGGGCUAUCUGCGUCCUUCCCCACCUAUUAGCUCCUUAUUUCUCUUCACGACGUUCCCUCCCAAUGCCCAGCCUCCCAGGUGUCGGGGAUGACGGUAACACACCCCACAUGAGGACAGGAAGCUCAGGUGCUGCCUGUCCCCAAAGCUCUCAUCUGCACUGCCUGUGGACACGUCGAGGGGAAGCACCUGAGCCGCAUCCCAGGCACAAGCCGUGAGGGAAGCACGGAGCACCUGCCUGGCCACAGCAGGGCCUGGGGCCAUGCUUCAGGGGGACCCCCUGUAACACCAGGACACCCAGAAAACCUCAACGAGGUACAUUGAAAUAAGAGGCUGUUCUACCAGUAUCAAUGAAGGAGGUUACUGUCCCAGAGCAGACUCAAGAGAUAAUUGAUAAAACUAAGA